UCUUCGCGCGGAAGGAACUUUUUGUUUGUAAUCUAUUAAACACGCUGUCCACGCUGGCCGCCGUCAAACAGGAAACGGAAUUGGAUUGGGACGGGGAAUAUCCGGAGGAGGCGUACAGCGAGGAAGAUUUUAAGAUGGUGGAGACGUCUUCGCAGUCGACGAGUCCGAGGGAUGCUAGUCACAACGGUGCACCGGGAGGCGGUGCUGUAGGUGGCGGUGGAGAACGCUUCGGACCGCACUUCCUCGGCCUCCUAGGUGAAGGUUUCAAGCCCGUCUUCAAACCGCGAGCCACGACAACGGCUCCCUCGAACUCGCUCUUCACCAUUGACAGCAUCUUGGCACCUACCAGACCCAAAAUCGCCACCCCCCAGAGACCCAUCCUCCACCCUCCGACCCUACAUCUGGGACACAUCGCUGCCGCCGCUUCCGCCGGCUUCGGCACAACGAGCGCAGACUUCUUAGCAAUGGCGUACCCUGGUUUGUAUCCUGGAUAUGUUCACGCUUUGGCGGCAGCUUCUCAAGCGGCUUCGAUGUCCGGUGGUGGCCAUCCCCAUCAUCACCAUCAUCAUCACCACGCGCAGCAUCAGCCUCCAAAGCGAAAACGUCGUCAUCGCACCAUCUUCAGCGAGGAGCAGCUCGAACAGCUCGAGGCCACCUUCGAACAGACGCAUUACCCCGACGUCGUCCUCAGGGAGCAACUCGCGUUGAAAGUCGAUCUAAAGGAGGAAAGGGUGGAGGUUUGGUUUAAGAACCGAAGGGCGAAAUGGCGAAAACAGAAGAGGGAGGAGCAAGAAAGGGUGAGGAAACUGCAGGAGGAAGAUCUGUGCAGAGUUACAUCGGAACAACCCAGGUUGCUCAACACCUCCUCCAGUGCAGCCAACUUCAGCGACGACGACUCUUCAGAUCUGGAAGUCGCCUGAACCCAUAGUCUAUCUAUCCAUCUUUUACCAUUUCAAUAUUUCUAA